AUGUACACCGGCUUGUCGGAAGGGAAUACUUCCGACGAGCUGGUUUCUAUACCAGCUCGUCGGAAGGAAACCCUUCCGACAAGCUGGUAUAUGUACCAGCUCGUCGGAAGUAUUCCCUUCCGACGAGCUGGUACACAAUCCAGCUCGUUGGAAGGGAAUCCAAAGACGUUCGAGGAUACAAAAUCAAAGAUCCAGAGGAUAAUCGAUCGGAACAGGAUAGACCAGCCCACCUCCUUCGAGCUGCUGACGGCCAUCGCCUUUGAGAUCUUCGCCAGAACGCAAUCCGAGCUCCAUCUAGCACUCAUCGAAGUCGGUCUUGGCGGUCAGAAGGAUUCGACAAACCUCUGUCAGUCUGAGAACACCCUCCUGGGCUGCAUCACCCCCAUCUCGGUCGACCAUCAGGCUUUCCUGGGCUCGACCAUCUCCGAAAUCGCUGUCCAGAAGGGACAGCUUGGUGCCGAAGAGAUGGACGUAGUGGAUCCAGGCCGGUGA